GAAGGAAGUCCGGGGGCCUCUUCCACCGAGUCCGAGUGACCACGCCCCCUGCAUUCUGGAAGUUCCCAAAACAAGGUCUCAGACUCCUCCCUCGGACGUCCUCCCAGCGCCACCCUCCUCCUCAGAGGCCACCAUGGGACGCCCCCCACCCUGUACCAUCCAGAAGUGGAUCCUUCUGUUUCUGCUGAUGGGAACGUGGGCAGGACUCACCAGAGCUCAGGGGUCCAAGGUCCUGGAGGGCCAGGAGUGUGAGCCCCACUCCCAGCCUUGGCAGACAGCCUUGUUCCAGGGCCCGCGACUGGUCUGCGGGGGUGUCCUGGUAGGAGACAAGUGGGUCCUCACUGCAGCCCACUGCAAAAAACAGAAAUACUCAGUGCGUCUGGGCGAUCACAGCCUGCAGAGUAGAGAUAAGCCGGAACAGGAGAUCCAAGUGGUUCAGUCUAUCCAGCAUCCUUGUUACAACAAUAGCAACCCUGAGGAUCACAGUCACGACGUCAUGCUCAUCCGAUUGCGCCAUCCAGCAAACCUCGGGGACAAAGUGAAGUCCAUCGAACUGACCGAUGAGUGUCCCAAAGUUGGCCAGAAGUGUACCAUAUCCGGCUGGGGCACUGUCACCAGUCCCCGAGAGAACUUUCCAGACACCCUCAACUGUGCAAAAGUGGAAAUCUUUUCCCAGAACAAGUGUGAGAAGGCCUACCCGGGGAAGGUCACCGAGGGCAUGGUCUGUGCUGGCAGCAGCAAUGGGGCUGACACUUGCCAGGGUGACUCAGGAGGUCCUCUGGUAUGCAAUGGCGUGCUCCAAGGAAUCACAUCCUGGGGCUCAGACCCCUGUGGGAAACCUGAAAAACCCGGUGUCUACACCAACAUCUGCCGUUACAGUGACUGGAUCCACAAGACCAUGAACAACAGGGACUGAUCCUGGUGAUGGAGGUGGCAAUAAACAUUACCUUUGGCUGA